GAGCCAGAGAGGAGGGAGAGGGAGCGAGAGAGAAAGAGACAGCGACAGAGAGAGAGAAAGAGAGAGAGAGAGGAGGCGGCGAGGGGAGAACGAGCGAAGGGAGAGCGAGAGGAGCGCGGAGCCGCGGGGGCUGCUCCGGAGCCAGCGCCUCCCGGGACAGCGAACCCGACCCAGCCGCUCGCUUGGUCGGCGGAUCCGCGGCAGCCGCCGCCCGAGCCCGGGUCCCGCUUGCCCCCGGCCGCCGCCGCCGGCUCGCCAGUGCCCGCGCAGCCCCGGGACGCCGCUGCCCGCUCGGCGGCCGGGAUGCAGCCGGAGCAUGGCCGCCGGGCCCCCUUCACCUGCCGCGGGGAGCGCUGAGCCAGUUGGAAAUCUGUCUCUGAGAACCUGACUGCUUUUCCUGCUGGUACUCGCUUUUCCCAGCUGCCCUCCACCCCAGGGAGUUCUGGAAGGAGCCCAGUUGGGGCCUCCCCGCUGCAGCACACAGACCUCACUGACCACUGCCAGGGUUUGGUCAGAAGAGCCAGAAGAAAUUCUGCCAGCACGUCCCUCGAGCGGGUCUGCAGGUGCCCCCCGCCGGGAACCCAUCCCAGGAGCCGCCCCUCCUGCAAACAGAGACCCCAGAGUGCCUCGGGGAAAAUUGGCUGAAUAAAAGGGCAACCAGGACGUGUCAGCUCCGCCCGAAGCCAUGGCCCAGCCCUACGCCCCGGCCCAGUACCCCCCUCCGCCGCAGAGCCGCCUCCCCGCCGAGUACGCCCCGCCCCCCCCGCACCCCACUCAGGACUACUCGGGCCAGACCCCGGUGCCCCCGGAGCACGGCCUGGUCCUGUGCCCAGCCGCACAGACCCACCCCGAGCAGCCCGUCCCCGAUGCCAGCACCCAGGCCAUCACCGGGACACAGACUGCGCCGCAGACAGACGAGGCGGCACAGACAGACAGCCAGACGCUCCACCCCUCCGACCCCACAGAGAAGCAGCAGCCCAAGCGGCUACACGUCUCCAACAUCCCCUUCCGGUUCAGGGACCCCGACCUGAGGCAAAUGUUCGGGCAAUUUGGAAAAAUUUUAGACGUGGAGAUCAUUUUUAACGAGCGGGGCUCCAAGGGUUUUGGGUUUGUAACUUUUGAAACUAGCUCAGAUGCUGACCGAGCCCGGGAGAAGCUGAAUGGCACCAUCGUAGAGGGACGGAAAAUUGAGGUCAACAACGCCACAGCCCGGGUCAUGACCAAUAAGAAGACUGCGAACUCCUACACCAACGGCUGGAAGCUCAACCCUGUGGUAGGCGCUGUCUACGGGCCUGAAUUCUAUGCAGUGACGGGGUUCCCGUACCCCACCACGGGCACCGCGGUUGCCUACCGAGGCGCGCACCUACGGGGCCGGGGCCGGGCCUUGUAUAACACGUUUCGGGCUGCGCCUCCCCCGCCCCCCAUCCCGACUUACGGAGCGGCGCUGGAGCAAACGCUUGUUAAAAUGCCAGUCCCAUGGGCAGGGCUGGCCCCGUGCCCCCUCACUCCUCAGCAGACACCGGAGCCGGCCCACCCCGCCUCUCCAGCGCUCCCACCACUCUCUUGUCCGUUUGCUUCCAGGGUCGUCUAUCAGGAUGGAUUUUAUGGUGCUGAGAUUUAUGGAGGCUACGCCGCCUACAGGUAUGCUCAGCCAGCAGCAGCGGCGGCCUACAGCGACAGUUAUGGCAGAGUCUACACCGCCGCCGACCCCUACCACCACACCAUCGGCCCCGCAGCCACCUACAGCAUCGGAACCAUGUGAAAGCUUCCACCGUUUUCUUCUUGGACCAUGAAGGGCAAAAACAAAAAAACAAAAAAAAUCACAAAACAAAAAACAAAACAAAAAAAAGAUGUUAAAUCCAAGCAACAAAAAACCAACCAAACCAAGAGGCAUCCGAGCAAGUGCAAGCCCACCAGCUGGCCCGCGCGCACCGAGGAGCCGGCCGGCAGGAGCUGGGCCGUGGCGCCCAGGAGAGCAGAGCACGGACCACGGGCAGCCUGGCGGGGUUGCCCUUUCGUCCCAGGCAGUGCUGGCGAGCUGUGGCCGGGGGGACCCCGUUUUCUAUCGAGUCUUCCUUCCCGUGGCCCCUCACCCCCAGGACUGUGGGAAACCGUGGGCCGCGGGCCUGAGCAGGGAAGAGCGGAGGGGGACACUGGGGAGGGGUGGCGGGGAGGGGAGCAACGUUUCAUUCCCAGGGAGCGCCAGCGUUGGCCGAGACCCCGUCACCCCAGGCCUCCUCCCCAGUCCCCCUCAUGCCAUGCCACCCAAGCCCAUGCCCUCACCCCAGCAUGGGCAGAAUCACCUGCCUGGAAGCCGUUCGACUUGCAGCCCUGGGGUGCCGCCUCCUAUGCAAACAGCUGACUUAGUUUCAGAACUCUGAGGCUCCCCACGGCCCUGCCCCACCCCAGGAGAGGGUGCCCGGGGUGCAGAGUAGGAGACAGGCCAGCCUGGGACCUAAACAUUUUGAUAGGCAGGGGCCUGGGGGCCGGGGACUUGCUGGCCCCGGCCCUUGGGAGUCAAGGACAGGGCCAGGCCCCAGGGGCUAGGCCUGCGGGAGGCAGGCCAGCCUCACUGCUUGUGCUGAGGGCAGCCUGUGGGGCUCCCAGGCUUGGGGGCCCUGGCGAGCAGGGUAGCAACGGGAUGCCCAGUCCUGCUGAACAACUGAGGGACGGGCGAGGUUGGGGGUCCUGGUGCUAUGGGUCUUGGUGGCCAGAGUGGGGGUCCCAGGGAGACCGUGAGGCACUGGUGCAAGAGGGGAGACUGGGCAGCCCCCAUCUGCAGGAGGGGACACUGCAGCCCCUCCCCUGCCCUGGCAGGUGUCUGAGGAGCUGGAGGAGUGGGACUGACGCCCACCCACCACGACAGUGCUGGGAGCAGAGAGUAGGUGGCAGGGAGAAGCCCCCUGGCAGACAGGAGGGCUGGGGUAGGGGAAGCAGCAAAAAAAAAAAAAGAAAACAUAGCUCCCAACAUGGCUCCACUG